GAUGGCGCGGGACCGGAAGUCGAUCCAAACGGCUGUGUGAUGUGUGAGCGGCAUAAGGUCCACGUCUUCCUGGGCGCUCCUCGUGUGGCCUCAGAAGCUGUGGCUGAUGCUGUGUGUCCCUCUGCUGGAUGGACAUGUCUGCAGCUCUGCUGGCAGGAUGGAAGACUGCAGCCUGCAGCCGAGAAACUUGGAGGUCGCGUCAGGUCAGGGAAGGAAGGAACAGACUGGAGGAGCACAGAGGAUGACCCCCAUCAGGACAGUUCAACCCCAAAACCUGGUCAGUCCAGAGAGUCUUCAGGAGACCGUGGACCACCUGUGGGAUCGGAACACAAAUGCAUCAGUGAAGAUGUUUUCUGCUCUGAAGGUCACAGACACGGUGGAGGAGAAGAAUCCAGAACCAUAAACAAGGAUCAGUGUUCAGCUAGUCUUCAUGAGUAUUUGGACACCUGUUUCCCUGCACAGAAACCAGAAACUGGGCCACAUGAACCAGAAGCUUCCCCAGAUCAGUCUCAGCAGCCGUCGUUUCCGGCCGUUCAUCUGUCGGUUCAAAGUCAGUAUCUGGCCACAUGGACUCUGAGCCAGGCUUUGAUUCUGAGGAGCUGCUGCAACAGCCAAUCAGAAACUAGUCCAGAGAAAACCCUGCAGACCUCAUCCAAGUGCCCCCAACCAUCACAGCCUGAUUCAUCCAGCACUCCAGAGCUCUUCAGCCCGGCAGCACCCAACCAGUCACCUGGAACCACCCAGCCAGGUUCUGCUGAACUCUUCAGCCAACCUACCAUGACCCCGUUAGUGAGAGAAAGGGGCUCUGUCCUUCAGAGGACCGUGGACGGGAUGCUCUGCUCUCAGGGGGUGGACCAGCAGGAGCAGGCGGGUGCUGAACCGAAUAAGACCUCAACUGCCAACGAGUCACAUUCCCUGUCCCCGAACUGCAAGAAAGCUCGAAUGUCUGCAGACCACCAGGCUGAAGCUUCUGCAGAUACUUCAGGUGAUGCUGCUGCCGCUAGAUUCCGAGAUCCCACCACACGUCUGGUGAAGUGUGACCAGCCGGGAGGGCAGCACUCUGUUCUGGUGGUGGUGGUUCACCCCUGCCACCUGAAGGAGGUCAGGGUUAAAUCUGGACCAUGUGCCAGAUCCUUGGUUCCUCUGGCGUCCAUCGUGGUGACAGACCAAUCAGGUGUAGAGAUGAAGGUAGUGUUGUGGCGGCGGGCAGCGUUCUGGGUGUUGACAGUCGGUCCUGGAGACAUUCUGCUCAUCACAGCUCUGCAGGUGAAAGAAGACCGAUGGCGAGGAGAGAUGCUGCUGCAGUCGACCUGCAGCAGCAAACUGCUGCACCUGGGACAGAUCACAGCCUCCACAUCACCACCAGUCCCUCGCCAUGUCAGCCCUUCCUCUUUGAACUCUCUCUGUGUGUUUCUCCGGGAGAAACGCCCCCUGCUGGUGUCUCUGCCACUUCGCACCCCUCAGGACUUGAGCCGCCUGCCAUACGCCCCCCUGAGGUCACUUCAAGUCAGUACACUGGUGCAUGCUCUGCUGUGUGUCACAAGUUCACACCUGAGCACAGAGCCUGACUGCAGGUCGGCUGUGCUUUCUGUGGAGCAGCCAGGUUGCCAGCAGGGGGCGUUGCUGCUGUGGGGAUCAGCUGUAGACUGGCUGCUCCGCUUCAGAGACAGAGCUGCUGUCUGGGACUUCAGGUUUCUCUUGGUGAGGGAAGGCUUGACCUCUGACCUCCCAGAGCUGCACUCCACCCCCUGGAGCUCAGUCCGACCUGUGGAUCCGGCUGAUCCACGAAUGCAGAAGUUUGUCCGCCUGCCGUUUGUAGGACCCGGAGGGGGCGUCAGCCUGGACCUGGAUCUGGACACACUGCUGUCCCAGAAAUACAGUGGUGAGGUCGAGCUCAAAGUCCAGGUCACCACCUUUCAGUUCCAGUAUGCCUCGCCUUCCCAGAAUGCACCUUGGCAGGUCCUGGACGGCUUUACUCCUCUGUCUGCAAUCUUAGUGGUUCUGAGCAGUGAUGUCACCUACACUGGCUGCGGCCGUUGUUCUGCCGAGCUCGGCACAGACGCCAACGGCAUCUACGUCCCGUGUUACCCGUGCCUGCCGUGCACCGCCGUACGCUGCUACUACCGGCCUGCAGUGUUGACAGUGAGUGGGCGGGGCUCCCAGGUGCGCGUUCAGGUUCCUCCUGUUCCACUACAAAAAAUCCUCGAUGCUGCACCUGACAAACUGCUCAGGAGCUCAGGUCCAGGCUCCGAGGUCAGACUCAUCCUGGUGGCGGCGGAGAGAAUCCAGACCCUGCUGGCCCUCCCCAGAAAAACCUUUACCAUCACUAUUCAGAGCCACUUCCUGUGCGACGAGAACAGCAUCCCUCUGAGUCAGGAAUUCACACUGCUGGACCUUCAGUUCCCCCGGUAACGGGCUGUAAAUGUACAAAAGCUGGUGUGGUGUGAAGGAGGUCUGGUUUGACAGAGUGGCUGAAGGUUCCUGGGUGUGUCCCUCAUGCUCCUCCAGGCUGGUUUAGAUGCUGUCAUCCUCCUGGCGGAGCAACACGGCACUCAGCCCCCAUUAGACAUGUCAGGUCCGGGAGCGUUCACUGGUGCCGCCUCCUCCACACUGUGGAACCGCCCCGGGUCCUGGGUGGCGACCAUGCAGUCUGACGUUGUACACGCUGUCUAUCAGCUGAUGAGUGGCGUUCCUCGUCUGGGGAUCCGUGGUGAUUUUG